AUGAAUCCCAGCAAAUGCGCUGUGAACUCAUUGAACCAGCCCCAGCUAGGAAUUUCAUCACCCGGGAUGGAAGACAUACCAAUCUUGGGUUCUAGUUCGCUCUAUAAAUACUUAGGAGCGGAACAAAACGCCCUAAUAAAUAUGGAACAACUAUGGGCCCGCACAAUAGAAAAGGCCUUAGCUGCAGCAAAAAGGAUUAUGCUCAGCGAUCUUGCGUAUGCCAUCUCGUGCAUAAUCUAUGGCACAGGGAAAUUCGGCACAAUGAGGAAACAAGCUAGGGCGUUUGAUGAGUCGAUUCGCAAGCUGCUGGCAGAAUCGCGGAUGCGGUUUAACCACAGCUGCACACCAAGACUCUAUGUUAACAAAGAAGAAGGGGGACUCGGAUUGAAAUCGGCAGAGGAGGAAAUGGAACAUACCGUGGUAUACACAUGGCCUGAAUUCGAAAUCCCUUAUAGUCUAUGCGAAAGCCUACGACGCAGCAAUAAAAGAUCACUGACAUCGGACUUCCGAGCCGUAAUGGCAGAAAACAGACUUGAGAAUGAAGUCAAACGUCUUGCCCAAGCCAGCAUUCAAGUCAAAGACCGCACGUUCGCGACGCCUACGGAGGCUGCGCGAGCUAUUUCGACCCUGGUUCACGAACGAUGGGCUCGAACGCGAAUGCAUGAAUGGAGGCAAAGGGCAGUGGCGAGCAGAGUGAUCAGUGAGGACGAUGGGCAUCCACACGUCUGUCUAAAGGACUCCUUCUUGUGGUCCCAGACGGGAUGGGUCUCCUCUGAAGUCCUCAGAAAUGUGUGGGCUGCACAAGAGGCUUCGCUGCCGACCAAAGGUAGUGCCCCAGGCCAAACAAUCUGGGCAAACAGCAAUCAGUUAUGCCGUAUGGGUGUAAUGCCAAAGAAACGGCAGAACACAUAG